UCUGCAUUCUACUGUCCUUUUUAUGAAAUAAAUUUCAAAAAUGUAGUUCUUAUUUUCUUCUUCAUCCUCUUGAACCUGCAUGAAUUGCAAUCAUCUUGGAAUCAACCAUGCCAAAAACAAGAGCAGUCACACAUGCCGAUCUUGCACCAAGUCCUGGAAGUACGGAUUUGGGUAGCAAAACAGCUGCCUUCCUCGUGGUUUUUACCAUAGCUUGUGGCCUAUUUUGCUUCAUUCUUUGCCUUAUAGCUGAAGCCACUCGUUCCCAGUUGUCAUGGGUGAACUCUGAUGGUAAAGAAAAUGGUGAGGAUUCUCAAUGUAUAUAUACUGGCAGUGGCAGGACACCAUUUUUGUGUUCUGCUAUUGCAUUUGUAGGACUGGCAGUUGCCAUGGUGGUGGAACAUAUGUACAUGUUAAUUGCAGUGAGCAAAGCACCGCCUCCGGCUCUAGUUGCGUGUGACACUAAUUCUGCUUGUGCCAAGAGCAUCACAAGGCAGGCAGGAUUUUUCUUUGUCACAACCUGGAUAUGCUUUGCUGUUGGAGAAAUCUUGUUGUUAAUAGGGCUGGGUGUGGAGUCAGGGCAUUUGAAGAAUUGGUCUAGACCAAGGCCGAACUGCCUCAUCAUUAAAGAAGGCUUGUUCUCUGCUGCAGGAAUCUUUGCAUUGUUAACAGUCUUCUUUGCUUCUGGAUUAUACUUGACAGCAUUGCGUGCACAAAGAAUGUCCCAAGAGCACGAAAACACUCGGCGAGAAAUACUCGAGGCCUCUGCCCUCUACGCGUCUCCGCCAAGGUCACCUCAACAUCACAUGAUCACCGCCAUUGCCAGAGAAAAUCCAGUUGCUAGAGAGAAUCAGACUCAAGAACCAUCGUUCACAUAUCCACCAGCUUUCACCAAGCAGUUACACUUGGUGUAAAGCAAGAAAAGGAUAUGUAAGUUGGUGCUCUUAGCUGCUUAGCAAAGCCAUAGGCAGAAUUUAGAGGACCAAUGGUGGCAAGUAAUCACGAGGAAAUGUAUGCAUGUGCAUGCGGGAAAUUAUGAUUGGUAUGAUUCUGUAAAUAUGCUAUCCUAAAAUUCUACAGGAUAUUAACCU